AUGCCUAGGAAAAAAUCCCAAUAUUCCCCGCGAGAGUUGUCGGCAAAUAGAUGUGGAUUGGAUCUUAAGUUCCCGAAUCCAACACCCUCGGAGUUUUUCCGUAUGAUCCAUCCUACACACCGAGGAUCAGCCACUUGUAAGUACCGGAAUGCCUUCAAGACCGCGCUGAAUCAAAGUCAAGAUGUAGGAAGAAAGACAGAGCUAGAAAGGAUGAAAAUUGGUGAAGAAACGAUUCAAUGGGACUGGGAACAGUGGAUAGAAGAGAAGAAAGCGAUUAAGUUCCGUCAAAAGAAUCAUGAUACAAAUAUAAAAAUACAGAAGAAAUUUUUCUCACUUGUAGAGAAGAAGGAAAAUGUCAACGUUAAUGAGAUAGCAGAAAGAAAAGAGGAGGAUGAUAGUGAGGAGGAGGCAGAAGAUAACGGCAUGGAAGAGAAAGCGGAAGACAGCCUUGCUAUAGCUUCAAGUGGAACCUCGAAUAACGCCCCUGAGGACGAGAAGGAAGGUCAAGGUAAUGACGAAGAAAAUCUGGAUCGUGACGAGAAUGCCAACAACAAUGCAAAUGGGGACUAUGUGGAAAGAGUGGAACAAGAUACUCAAGAUACUUUAGAUCAUCAAAAGCAAUGGAUCUUGUCCAGCGGUACAGACGUUGCAGCGGUGCUAAAGCAGUAUGCUCAAACCAUACCAGAGACCCAAAAGUGCUUAAAUCCCAUCUACUGGGGAAUUCUAGAUCUUACUAGUGAACACGUCGAAACCAAGAGCCUCUUUACGGCUGCCGAUUGGAAAGAAAUGGUGGACAACUUCAACAAAGAGGUAAAGCUUUCCGAAACCAUCGCACCUGAUAUUGUUUAUCAUCUUUUCGACACAAUUGUUAAUAGCGGGAAAGGCAACGUAGGCGAAAUCGAUCGUAUUUCAGUGGAAUCAAUUCAAAGGGAAGCCUCAAAAUUAUCAAGAGAUGAUGAAGACGAGUUUAUCGCAGUCAAGCGUGCUCUUUUAACAUAUGCCGAGAACCUCGCCGACAUAGAUUUACCAAUGUCGGAAAUGACAUUCGAUAACUUGUUUACCAACAUGCUCGCGAGGAGAUUUUUGGACAAAAAGGAGCUAAAAAUGGAUGUGGGUGAAAUAUGCUGCUGGGCUUCUGCCCAACGCAGAAACGAAGGUCGUUCGGUGGUGCUACGGGCUCGAAUUGGACAAAGGUGUGACUUCAGGGGGACUCUAAAGAAUAAUAUUGACAAGCUUGAAGCUAUCAUCGGGCUCAGGAGCGGCGGUCUCCCCACAGUGCACCGGAAAAAAAUUUUUGAAGACCGCACAGACUUAAUGGUAGCAAUGCGAGAUAUACUGUACACAUUUUUUGUUGCAAAUCCCAAUGCUACAGAUGAAAAAUUGCACCAAACAUUUGUUCUUGGAAUACAAUCCUGGGGAUGGACACAAGAUAUUUAUGGGAUGGAUUGCAAGGGGACGAAAAUCUGUCGAUUCGGAAGACUUCGCAGAAUAAAAUUACAGAACACAAUUUGCACGAUUUCUUGUUUAGAGGAGUUGUACACUGCAAUUUCGGACGUCAAGGUUACCCUAAAAUCCAUUUGUGACCAUACCAACAGUGUUGCAUUGGCAAACGCUCAGGCACGCCGGAGAAAAAAGAGAAAAGAUAAUAAAGAUGAUUCUGUGGGGGGAUAUUUUGGGACUGUAACAGGAACGCCUACAAAGAAAAAACGCAGUGAUGUUAUUGGUUUUGAGCUUUGA